AUGUAUUUCCUUGGACUGUUGUCUUUGCUUGUUUUGCAAAGUAAAGCCUUCAAGACAAAUUUUCCUGAUGAAACUAUUGCUGAGCUUUCUGUGAAUGUUUACAAUCAGCUGCGAGCUGCAAGAGAAGAUGAGAAUAUUCUUUUCUCUCCUCUGAGCAUUGCAAUAGCCAUGGGAAUGGUAGAGCUUGGAGCCCAUGGAACCACUUUGAAAGAAAUUCGUCAUUCAUUGGGUUUUGACAGCUUAAAAAAUGGUGAUGAGUUUACCUUUUUGAAGGACCUUUCAGAUAUGGCAACUAGUGAAGAAAGUCAUUAUGUUCUGAAUAUUGCUAACUCUCUUUAUGUGCAGAAUGGAUUUCACGUCAGUGACAAAUUUUUGCAGUUGGUGAAAAAAUACUUUAAAGCUGAAGUAGAGAAUAUAGAUUUCAGCCAGAGUGCAGCUGUAGCUACCCACAUCAAUAAGUGGGUGGAGAAUCACACAAAUAAUAUGAUCAAAGAUUUUGUGUCAUCAAGAGAUUUUGGUGCUCUAACUCAUUUGGCUCUCAUCAAUGCGAUCUACUUCAAAGGCAAUUGGAAAUCACAAUUCAGACCUGAAAAUACAAGAACUUUUUCUUUUACUAAAGAUGAUGAAAGCGAAGUGCAGAUUCCAAUGAUGUACCAGCAGGGAGAAUUUUACUAUGGAGAGUUCAGUGAUGGCUCCAAUGAAGCAGGUGGUAUCUAUCAAGUUCUGGAAAUACCAUACGAAGGAGAUGAAAUUAGUAUGAUGAUCGUUCUUUCCAGACAAGAAGUUCCGCUGGUCACACUGGAACCCCUCGUCAAAGCCUCGUUGAUUAACGAAUGGGCUAACUCAGUGAAAAAGCAAAAAGUGGAAGUAUAUUUACCAAGGUUCACAGUAGAACAGGAAAUUGAUCUGAAAGAUGUCUUGAAAGGUCUUGGAAUUACAGAACUGUUCAGCCGUAGUGCUGACCUCACGGCGAUGUCGGAUAACAAAGAACUUUACCUGGCAAAGGCGUUUCACAAGGCUUUCCUAGAAGUUAAUGAGGAAGGAUCGGAAGCUGCUGCUGCCUCAGGAAUGAUUGCAAUUAGCAGAAUGGCAGUGCUGUAUCCCCAAGUCAUAGUUGAUCAUCCUUUUUUCUUUUUGGUCAGGAACAGAAGAACAGGUACUGUGUUAUUCAUGGGGAGGGUAAUGCACCCUGAAGCAAUGAAUACGAGUGGCCAUGACUUUGAAGAGCUUUAACUACUGCCAGCUACCAAAACAAGGAAAAAAGCACAUGAAGUUUGAAGCUAAUGUAUUUAAGGUUUGCCGUGUUUUCCCCCAAGAUACUGUUUUAAAUGCUUUCAGAUCUGUGUGCAAGUCAGUUUCCAGAGGAAAGUUCACAGAAUUAAAAUAAUGGUUCUGUUUGUCAUUGUGAUUGCUGUGUCCUUAAAAUAAAACUGUGUACAUGUCAACAA